AGUUCAUCGUCGUCUUCACUGGCAGCUUCUAAAACCCUAAAUUGCAACCCCUAAUCAAAUCUUCCCUUUCCAAUGGCGUCCAAUGCUGCCAGUCCAAUGGAGACGCUCCUCGCCGUGGCUCCUUUCAUCACCACUCCGUCAAUCGCCCGCCGCAUUCAGAUCUUCCGCCACCAGAUUCCUUCAAUCCUCACUACUUCAGACUCUACGCAGAUAACUACAGAUUUUGCGUCGCUACUGGUUGAUUUGCUUUUCCAGACAUUACCUAUUUAUGAUGACCGGGGAUCAAGGAAAGCGGUGGAUGAUGUUAUUGUUAAAGCUUUAAGGGAAGCUGUAUUCUUAAAAGUUUUUGCGGCAAACCUUGUACAGGCCAUGGAAAGGCAAUCAAAGUUCCAAUCACUAACAGGAGCCUACAGGCUUCUGAAGUGGUCGUGCCUCCUUUUAAUUUAUAGCCAGUUUACCUCGUUAUCAAAGAAUGCAUUCUGUAGAGUAGCCCAAGCGCAGGGAUCAAUACUUAACAUGGUCAUGGGAGGAUCAUUCCAUAUCAGAAGGGCUUGUAUGAGAACAUUUUGCCAUUUGUUCAAUAAGUCACCAGAUAUAUACAAGACUUAUGUUGAUGAAUUAAAGGAUGGAAGGAUCCCAUACAAAGAUAGUCCACAAUUAAUUUAUAUAAUGCUCGACUAUUCAAACUCAAAUGGUACUACACUUGACAAAUGCAAGGACACAUUUCUUGAUAUAUUUGUUAAAGCAGUUCUAAAUGCCAGGGAGAAGCCCACAAAGGACCUCAGUGAGGCUUUUCUUCCAUUAUUUACUUGUCUGUCCCAUGAUGAUUUUAAGAACACCAUACUUCCAUCAUCCAUCAAGAUGUUGAAACGAAAUCCUGAGCUUGUCCUUGAUUCCAUUGGAGUUCUUCUUAAAUCUGUCAACCUCGAUUUAAGUAAAUAUGCCAUUGAAAUUCUCUCGGUGGCAUUAACACAGGCUAGGCAUGCAGAUGAAGAAAGAAGGCUUGCUGCUCUAGCCAUAGUUAGGUGCUUGAGCCAAAAGUCUAGCAGCCCUGAUGCUAUAGAAUCCAUGUUUGGUGCUGUUAAGUCAGUUAUGGGAGGUUCUGAAGGCAGGCUUACAUUAACAUCCCAGAGAGUUGGCAUGAUAAAUGCACUGAGAGAAAUUGCCCAUGCCCCAGAGGGCAAAUAUCUCAAGAGCUUGUCCCAAUCUGUAUGUGGGUUUCUCUUGUCCAGUUACAAGGAUGAUGGAAAUGAAGAGGUAAAGCUUGCGAUUUUGUCUUGCAUAGCUGCUUGGGCUGUGAAAUCAUCGGAUUCUUUUCCCUCCGAUCUAGUUGCUUUCAUUGUUUCUGGGAUCAAGGAGAAGGAAGCAUUGAGAAGGGGCCACCUUCGUUGUCUGCGAUCAAUAUGCAAAAAUUCUGAUGCAGUUACACAGAUGACGACCUUACUGCCACCUCUUAUCCAACUGGUCAAAACUGGUUUUACCAAAGCAACCCAGCGAUUGGAUGGUAUUUAUGCACUUCUCUGUGUUGUGAAAAUUGCUGCUGUUGAUGUCAAAGCAGAUGAAACUCUAUCAAAGGAGAAGAUUUGGCAGUUGAUAUUGCAGAAUGAACCUGCAAUUGUCCCAAUUUUGUUGGCAUCAAAAUUAUCAAUUGAGGACUUGAUGGCUUGUGCAGAUCUGUUUGAAGUUUUGCUGGUAUAUUAUCCUCAAAGGAUAUUAGAGAAUUUUUCAACCCAACCGUUUCUGCAGUUUAUAUUGUUUUUGUUGUGCCAUCCAAAUUGGGACAUUAGAAAAGCUGCUGAAGGCACCACCAAAAAGAUUCUUGCCGCAUCUCCUCUAUUAUCACAGGCUGCUCUGCAAGAAUUUUCGAGUUAUGUUACUGUUGUUGGAGAAAAAGUUGCUCUUCAGAAGAUGAGUGAUACAGAAAAUGUAAUGGAUUCUCAAGUUCCGUUCCUUCCACCAGUUGAGAUUUUGGUGAAGGCAUUACUUGUAAUAGCAUCUUCUGUAUUGGGUACUUCCCCAGAUUCCUGUGUGCAGCUCCUAUUUUGCUCGCAUCAUCCAUACAUUAUUGGCACAGGGAAAAAGGACACAGUUUGGAAGAGGCUGCAAAAAUGUCUGCAGAAGCUUGGCUUUGAUGUGAUUGAUCUUGUUACCACUAAUGUGACCAAGUUAUUCAAGGGGUUGUUUGGUUCAAAGGGGUUGAUGAGCUCUAAUACCUUUGAACAAGAAGGGGCUGUAAAUUCCUUGAUAACACUGAUGUCCAUAAUGCCAGGAGAUACUUAUGCCCAGUUUUCAAAGCACUUUAUCAAUCUUCCAGAUCGUAUUGCUCAUGACACACUCUCAGAAAUCGAUAUCCAGAUUUUCUAUACUCCUGAAGGAAUGCUGUCAACUGAGCAAGGUGUUUAUAUUGCUGAGUCCGUUGUCUCCAAGAAUAUAAGGCAAGCUAAAGGGAGGUUCCGUGCAUAUGACAAUGAUGAAAAUAUGGACCAAGCGAGUUCAAAUCAUUCAACCAGGCGAGAUGCACCCAAGAAAGAGGCUGCUGGUUCUGUUAAAAAAGAUUCUAAAGCAGUAAAGAAACCGGAAAAAGCAAAAUCAGCAAAGGAAGAAGCUCGUGAAUUUCAGCUUAAAGAAGAGGCUUGCAUUCGUGAAAAAGUCAUGGCAAUUCAGGAGAAUAUUUCUCUGAUGCUUAAAGCUUUGGGAGCAAUGGCCAUAGCUAAUCCCAUCUUCACACAUAGUCAGCUUCCAUCUUCGGUUAAGUUUGUCAAUCCGUUGUUGCGUUCCCCAAUUGUUGGCCAUGCUGCCUUUGAAACAUUAGUGAAACUUUCGAAAUGUACUGUUGAACCUCUCUGCAACUGGGCUCUUGAAAUUGCAACUGCUCUACGGUUGAUUGCUACAGAAAAAGCUAGUGUUCUGUGUGAUUUAUUUCCAUCUGUGGCUGAAAAGGAGGACGGCACUGAGCAUUCUCUCGGUCUGUUUGAACGUUUAGUAAGCGGGCUUACUUUUUCUUGCAAAUCUGGACCUCUACCAGUUGAUUCAUUCACAUUUAUAUUUCCGAUAAUCGAGAAUAUUCUGCUUUCUCCAAAGAAGACGGGUCUUCAUGAUGAUGUUCUUCAGAUACUGUUCUUGCACAUGGAUCCUAUUUUACCCCUUCCUAGGAUUCGGAUGCUAUCAGUUUUAUAUCAUGUUCUAGGCGUUGUUCCUUCUUUCCAAACGUCAAUUUGCCCGGCACUGAAUGAAUUGUGCCUUGGUCUACAACCAGAAGAAGUGGCACCUGCUUUAUGUGGUGUUUAUGCCAAAGAUAUCCAUGUAAGAAUGGCCUGCUUGAAUGCUGUUAAGUGUAUUCCUGCUGUUUCCAAUUGUUCAAUUCCUCAAGAUGUUGAGGUUGCAACCAGCUUGUGGCUUGCUUUGCAUGACACAGACAAGUCAGUUGCAGAGGUUGCUGAGGAUGUUUGGGAUUGCUAUCGUCAUGAGUUUGGUACAGAUUACUCUGGACUUUUCAAAGCACUUUCACAUGUUAACUAUAAUGUUCGAGUUGCUGCAGCAGAGGCCAUUGCUGCUGCUUUGGAUGAAAACCCUGACACGAUUCAGGAAUCUUUAUCAACUAUGUUUUCUCUAUAUCUCCGAGAUGUUGGAUCUGGUGAGAACAGUGAUGCUGGUUGGCUUGGAAGACAGGGAAUUGCUCUGGCUUUACUCUGUGUGGCAGAUGUUCUUCGAACUAAAGAUCUUCCUGUUGUGAUGACAUUUCUUAUAUCACGAGCUUUGGCUGAUCCUAAUGCAGAUGUUCGAGGAAAGAUGGUCGAUGCUGGUAUCUUGAUUAUUGACAAACAUGGAAAAGAAAAUGUUUCCUUAUUGUUUCCCAUAUUUGAGAACUACUUGAACAAAAAGGCAUCAGAUGAGGAAAAAUAUGAUUUAGUGCGUGAAGGUGUAGUUAUUUUCACGGGAGCUCUGGCAAAACAUCUAUCCAAGGGUGACCCAAAAGUUCAUGCUGUUGUGGAGAAAUUGUUGGAGGUGUUGAACACUCCUUCCGAGACUGUACAACAAGCAGUUUCCAGCUGCCUUUCACCAUUAAUGCAAUCAAAGCAGGAAGAAGCAGAAGCUCUGAUUUCCAGACUGCUUACUCAACUAAUGAAGAGUGACAAAUAUGGUGAGCGUCGGGGAGCUGCAUUUGGAUUGGCUGGGGUAGUUAAAGGAUUCAGAAUAUCAAGUAUAAAGAAGUAUACUAUCAUGAAAGCCUUACAAGAUGGUCUUUCUGACAGAAAUUCUGCUAGAAGCCGAGAAGGAGCUUUGCUGGCCUUUGAAUGUUUAUGUGAAAAACUGGGGAGAUUAUUUGAGCCGUAUGUGAUUCUACUGUUACCUCAACUUCUAGUAUCUUUCUCUGAUCCAGUUGUUGCUGUUAGAGAAGCUGCUGAGGGUGCAGCUCGUGCAAUGAUGUCUAAGCUAACUGCUCAAGGAGUUAAACUUGUUCUGCCAUCCCUUUUAAAGGGCCUUGAAGAUAAAGCAUGGAGAACAAAGCAAAGCAGUGUACAGCUUCUAGGAGCAAUGGCUUACUGUGCUCCACAGCAACUGUCUCAGUGUCUUCCAAAGAUCGUCCCAAAGUUGACUGAGGUUCUUACUGAUACUCACCCCAAAGUUCAGUCUGCUGGGCAAACUGCUCUCCAGCAGGUUGGAAGUGUGAUAAAAAAUCCAGAGAUUUCUGCCCUUGUUCCCACUCUUUUAAUGGGUCUCACAGACCCCAAUGAUUAUACAAAGUAUUCUCUUGACAUUCUUCUACAGACCACCUUCAUUAACACUGUAGAUGCUCCAUCCCUUGCACUAUUGGUUCCCAUAGUUCAUAGAGGACUCAGGGAAAGAAGUGCUGAAACGAAGAAGAAAGCCGCCCAAAUAGUUGGAAACAUGUGUUCAUUAGUUACAGAGCCAAAAGAUAUGAUUCCUUACAUAGGUUUACUUCUUCCUGAAGUUAAAAAGGUCCUGGUAGAUCCAAUUCCUGAGGUUCGUGCUGUUGCUGCUAGAGCCCUUGGUUCUCUUAUAAGAGGAAUGGGUGAAGAUAACUUCCCUGACCUUGUCCCAUGGUUAUUGGAUACUCUGAAGUCUGAUGGUAGCAAUGUUGAGCGGUCUGGAGCUGCUCAAGGGCUGAGCGAGGUAUUGGCUGCUCUUGGGACACAGUACUUUGAGGACAUACUACCGGACAUUAUGCGAAACUGUUCUCAUCCAAAGGCUUCAGUUCGAGAUGGUUAUUUAACACUUUUCAGGUAUAUGCCAAGAUCUUUGGGUGUUCAGUUCCAGAAGUAUUUGCAACAGGUGCUACCUGCUAUUUUAGAUGGUCUUGCUGAUGAGAACGAGUCUGUACGUGAGGCAGCACUCAGUGCUGGGCAUGUUCUUGUUGAGCAUUAUGCAACCACAUCUCUACCUUUGCUUCUGCCGGCUGUUGAGGAUGGUAUAUUCAAUGAUAACUGGCGGAUUCGGCAGAGCUCUGUGGAAUUGUUAGGGGAUCUUCUAUUUAAGGUUGCUGGGACAUCUGGGAAAGCCCUUCUUGAGGGUGGCAGUGACGAUGAAGGUUCUAGUACUGAAGCACAUGGACGUGCUAUAAUUGAAGUACUUGGAAGAGAGAAACGUAAUGAAGUUCUUGCUGCUUUGUACAUGGUUCGUACUGAUGUCAGUGUCACUGUUCGUCAGACAGCAUUGCACGUAUGGAAAACUAUUGUUGCAAAUACCCCAAAAACUCUGAAGGAAAUCAUGCCAGUUCUAAUGAGCACUUUAAUAAGUUCUCUAGCUUCAUCCUCUUCAGAAAGGCGACAGGUUGCUGGGCGUUCAUUGGGCGAGCUUGUCAGGAAGCUUGGUGACAGAGUUCUUCCUCUAAUUGUUCCUAUUUUGUCUCAAGGCCUUAAAGACCCAAAUCCUAGUAGAAGACAAGGUGUUUGCAUUGGUUUGAGUGAGGUGAUGGCUAGUGCUGGGAAGAGUCAAUUGCUGACUUUCAUGGAUGAUCUCAUUCCAACAAUCCGCACUGCCCUUUGUGAUAGCACUUCAGAGGUUCGCGAGUCUGCUGGCUUAGCAUUUAGUACCCUCUACAAGAGUGCUGGCAUGCAAGCAAUUGAUGAAAUUGUUCCUACAUUACUUCAUGCAUUGGAAGAUGAUGAAACAUCUGAUACUGCCCUUGAUGGCUUAAAGCAAAUAUUGAGUGUUAGGACCUCUGCUGUGCUGCCUCACAUUCUUCCUAAGCUUGUUCAUCCUCCUAUGUCUGCUUUCAAUGCCCAUGCAUUGGGAGCUCUGGCAGAGGUUGCAGGACCUGGCCUUGAUUUCCACCUUGGCACUAUUCUUCCUGCUUUACUAGCUGCAAUGGAUGAUGAUGAUGUGGAAGUUCAACGGUUAGCCAAAAAAGCCGCAGAAACUGUUGUUUUGGUGAUUGAUGAGGAAGGCAUUGAAUCUUUGAUUUCAGAACUUCUAAAAGGUGUUGCAGAUAAUGAGGCUUCAAUAAGGAGGAGCUCAUCAUAUCUGAUUGGAUAUUUCUUUCAUAACAGUAAAAUGUAUCUUGUUGAUGAAGCAUCGAACAUGAUAUCAACCUUGAUAAUUUUGCUUAGUGACCCUGAUUCUGCUACAGUUUCGGUUGCUUGGGAAGCAUUGUUAAGAGUAGUUAAUUCGGUGCCCAAAGAGGUUCUGCCUUCGUAUAUGAAGCUGGUUCGGGAUGCUGUGUCCACUUCUAGGGACAAAGAACGCAGGAAGAAGAAGGGUGGACCAGUUUUGAUCCCUGGAUUUUGUCUCCCAAAAGCACUUCAACCCAUACUGCCUAUCUUUCUCCAGGGCCUUACAAGUGGAUCAGCUGAACUACGAGAGCAAGCGGCUUUGGGUCUUGGAGAGUUAAUUGAAGUGACAAGUGAAAAAGCCCUGAAAGAGUUUGUUAUUCCAAUUACUGGGCCCCUGAUUCGCAUUAUAGGGGACAGAUUUCCUUGGCAAGUCAAGAGUGCAAUAUUAUCGACUUUGACUAUCAUGAUCCAGAAGGGUGGGAUUUCUCUAAAGCCUUUCCUUCCCCAACUUCAAACAACCUUUGUCAAGUGCCUUCAAGACAAUACGAGGACGAUUCGUUCAAGUGCUGCCUUUGCACUUGGGAAGCUUAGUGUUCUCAGCACGAGGAUUGAUCCUUUAGUUGGUGAUCUUUUAUCUGCACUGCAGGCCUCCGAUCUUGCAAUUAGGGAGGCAAUAUUGAAGGCCUUGGAAGGUGUGAUAAAGAACACUGGAAAGAGUUUAAGUGGUCCUGUUAUAACUCGCGUCCACACUCAGCUGAAGGAUAUGAUGUAUAGUGAAGAUGAUCAAAUACGAAGUUCCGCUGCUAGCAUUCUGGGAAUUUUAUUACAGUACUUGGAAAAUGCUCAACUUUCUGAAAUACUCGUGGAGAUAGUAGAUUCAGCCUCGUCUUCUACGUGGACUACAAGACAUGGAUCUGCACUUGCUAUAUCGUCCAUCCUUAAGCAUAAUGCUGCCAUAGUUUGUGCAUCUUCAAUGUUUUCAAGUAUUGUCGAUUGCUUGAAAACUUUGUUGAAGGAUGAGAAGUUCCCCAUUCGUGAAUCCUCAGUUCGAGCCCUUGGAAGUCUUCUGCUAUAUCAAAUCAAGAAUGAUUCUUCAAACACAAAAGCCCAUGCUGCAACUCUGAACUAUAUAGUAUCGGCAUUAAAGGAUGACUCGAGUGAAGUCAGAAGAAGAGCCUUAAGUGCAUUGAAGGCAGUUGCAAAAGCUAAUCCGCAAGCGGUCAUAAUUCAUGCUUCAUUAUUCGGACCCGCCCUUGCCGAGUGCUUAAAGGAUGGAUCCAUGCCUGUCAAGGUAGCAGCAGAAAGAUGUGCUCUGCACAGCUUCCAAUUAACCAAGGGCGCGGAAUAUGUUCAAGCCGCACAGAAAUAUAUCACUGGUUUGGAUGCUAGAAGAAUUGCGAAACUCCCUGAACACAGCGACGACAGUGAAGGCAGCGAAGACGAGUAUAGUGGCUGAGCAAUGAAGUUUGUCGAGGGAGGGAGGGAGUCGAGAUCCCACAGUAUCUAUGUAUGUAUGUGUUUUUUGCUGAGCCUGAGUUGAGACUUGAGAGAGAGCUGAGCUACACGAGAAAGGCAAAUACAUACAAAAGGAAAGGCCAUUGGUGAGCUCUCUCCUCUUCUUACUAUUUUUUAUCAUAAGCCAUAUUCUGCUAUCUAUCUAUCUAUCUGUUUGAUUAUCAAUUUUGCUGAUGAUGUAUUUUCUGUAAAAUUAUUUUUGAAAUUAUAAACCAUCACUAUCACAUUAGCGAAGAAGUACUAAAAAAUACCGUGCAUACUUUUGGGUACACUAUUGCAAUGCCCUGCCUCCUUA